AUGCUAAUUUCCCUCAAUUCAGGUUCAAUCAUCGCCAUUCUCUCUGACCAAAUCGAGGAAAGUGUCGCCUGCAAUCUUAAACAUCUUCUAAAGAAUGAUCCGUUAUUCAAACCAUUAAUCCAAACAAAUCUACAUAAGAAACGGAGUGCCUACGAAGUUAUCGGAGUACAUACCUGCGAAGAAAACGAACCGUGUCGUGUGGGUCGUACCCGCUCCUGUCUCUGUGAAGAAGACCAUGUCUGUGACGUCUCGGCAGCCAACAAAGGAGUCCAUCUAUGUGUGAAACUCGGAUAUUUCAAAAUGUUUGGAGGAGAAUAA